UUUCCCUGAGGCUUUAUUCCCAUGAUCCACGAUAUGAUGUUUUGCCGUGUUGUAUUUUCGUGCCGAUGAUAAGUGUACAGUUUGUGGGUAUUCUGUACCCAGCAUGUCGUUCUGUGCGUUUUACGCGUCCGCUGUACAUUCCUUUUAACUCGAACUCCGAAAAUGAAAUCUUUUUCUUAAUUUAACUAGAAAACCGCGUGUGAGUUAAUUGCGCUGCUAGCGUGUCGCAUAACGCGCCGAAAGGAAGAAGAAAAGCAGAAGAGAAAAGGAAGGAGUAUGUUUUUUGUUCGGAAGUUACGAGACUGGCAAUGAUUCGACGUUGAAGAUGACAUAAAUCUACGCUUAUUUCUGUAUAAAGGUGGAAGAGGGAAAACAAAAGAGAGAGAUACGAGAGAAAGAGAGGGAAAGAGAAAGAGAGAGAGAGAGAAAGAGAGGAAGAGAGAGAAAGGAAGAGAUGUGUCGGCGGAUAAAUUACUACAAUUUGCUUAAUAGCUAAUAGACUCAAAAUUACUGGUAUGCUUUUACGAUUCACUCACCAUGUCCGUAUAUGCGACGAUACUGCCUCUCAUCUUCCUGGGAUUAUUAGGAAUUACGUCUGCAAAAGAUAUUAAAGGUUCAGUCUUUUGUGAAUUUUACAAUGACACAAUGUGUGCAGAGAACGAACAAGAAUGUUCAGGAAGAGAAGAAUGUAUCCUACAUGAUCCAGAUAAACGUAAUCAUUGCUAUGUACUGUGGACACUGAACACCACUACUAAAGAAACAAUAAUUAAAUUAAAGGGUUGCUUUUUAGAUAACAAUGAUUGUUAUGGUAAACCGCUUUGUGUAGAGAAUAAUAUGGAAAGAAAAAAUGAAUUCUUUUUUUGUUGUUGCGAAGGCAAUAUGUGUAACCAAAACUUCUCUUGGGUUCCACAACCAACCACUAAGCCUACAGAACCAUCUGUUAUUCAUGAAUUAGAACCUAUGCCUAAUGCAAAGCAGCAAGCAAUAACACUUGCCCUUUUAAUAGCAAUCCCUAUACUUCUUACAAUUAGUUUAUUUUCUUUUUGGUGGCUCUAUCGUCGUCGAAAAUUGGGCUAUUUUAACGAGAUACCAACGCUGGAACCAGUACCAUUGCCACAACCCUCACCUAAUCUAGGUUUACGACCAAUACAACUUCUUGAGAUCAAAGCUCGAGGUCGUUUCGGAGCAGUUUGGAAAGCCCAAUUUAAAAAUGAGAUCGUGGCAGUUAAAGUUUUUCCCAUUCAAGAUAAGCAAUCUUGGCAGACUGAACAAGAGAUUUUUAAGCUUGCACAUAUGGAUCACGAGGACAUAUUACACUUUAUAGGUGUUGAAAAGCGUGGAGAUAAUCUACAAGCUGAAUUUUGGUUAAUCACCGCGUAUCACGAAAAAGGUUCACUGUGCGAUUAUUUAAAAGCAAACAUUGUAACAUGGCCUGAGAUGUGUAGAAUUGCAGAGUCCAUGGCAAGAGGUUUAAUGCAUCUACAUGAGGAAAUCCCAGCUAAUAAAGCAGAUGGCUAUAAACCAGCUGUAGCUCAUAGAGAUUUUAAGUCAAAAAACGUUUUACUCAAGGCUGACAUGAGUGCCUGUAUAGCAGAUUUUGGCUUGGCGCUUAUUUUUCAUCCGGGAAAACCUUGCGGUGAUACACACGGACAGGUUGGAACGCGAAGAUAUAUGGCACCAGAAGUUUUAGAAGGAGCAAUAAAUUUUACUAGAGAUUCAUUUUUACGAAUUGACAUGUAUGCCUGUGGGUUAGUUCUGUGGGAAUUAGCUUCAAGAUGUACUGUACAAAAUGGACCAAUUGGAGAAUAUCGACUACCAUUUGAGGACGAAGUUGGUCUCCAUCCUACUCUAGAAGAUAUGCAAGAAAGUGUUGUUCAUAAAAAAGAGAGACCACUCAUUUUAGAAACUUGGCGUAAACAUCCAGGCUUAUCAUCAAUUUGUGAUACAAUGGAAGAAUGUUGGGAUCACGAUGCCGAAGCACGCCUUUCUGCCUCGUGCGUAGUGGAACGAGUUGCUACUCUUGGUAGAGCUCUUGUAUUAAAUUCAACUACUUUGAUUCGUGUUGAUAAUACCAACGAGAUUAUUACUACCAAGGAAUCUAGUAUGUAGUUAGUGUCCAUUAAUAUAGUUUAUUUUAAUGGCACAACCAUUUUUUGUAUCAUAAUUUUGUUAUACGUAUCAAUGAGGAAUGUUGAAACAAUAGAAAAAAGACAAACAUA